UUUGCCUCGAGGCAGUCCCCUGCGCCCAGGUAGAGAGAUUCCGACUACAACCACUGCCUCCUCCUCGACGACUCGGACGGCCAACUACGAUCCGGCGACGCUGAAAUCCUCUCUCCGCUACCCUCCCUCAUUCUCCUCUUUCCUUCACCCUCUCCGCUGGUCCUCUCGGUUGUGUUCUUUUUCACUACAUCAUGUCCACCCCUUCCACGGCUACCGCGACGCAUCCUUCGCAUCACCAGCAACACUACGGAUACCCCCAUCACCAACCCUACCAACCGAACGCAUCCUAUCCGACCACGUCCGCCGCAGGCACCGCUCGCCUCGUCACUUCCUCGUAUCCCUACCCCGUCCCCGCACCGACCACCACGCUUCCUUUCGCUCAGUCUCCGAAGAUUAUGCCUACCGCACCAACCCCGGCUGCCACGACCUCGACUACGACCACAACAACCACAAUGCCUCCGGCCCACAACGGUGUGGGCGCCGGGCCCACCGCGCAGAAUAGCAGGAGGAAGCCAAACUGGGGCGAGUUCUAUAAAAACGGUAUUCCGAAGGAGGUGAUUGUCAUCGACGAUACGCCUCCUCCGGAACAGUCCAAGGCUGCCUCGCGCACGCUCGCGGCGACGUCUGCGGUGCCGGCGCCCAACGGCAACGUGCCCCAACCCGCAGGCAAGAGACGUCGCACGGGCAUGGAGACGGCGUACGAUCUAGGGUACUACGAUCGGCCCUCAUUUUCGAUCAACCCCCAGCACUACGGGGAAGAGUCGUCCGCCGCGUCGCUCUCCACGGACCGCACAACAUCUCUGCACACCACAGCGCCCACCUCCCUAUCACAGGGCAGCUCGGGGGCCGGCAACGGAAUUAUCUACGACGAUGCCAAUGUCGGCCAAAAGCGGAAGCGAGUCACAACCCGGAAAUCCGCUCGGGACGAGCAGAAGCGCCGCGAGUUGGAGAAUGCGGGUGAUGCAUUUUUGAGCUACGUGCCGCCGCCGAAGCCGCCCAUAAAGGCCAAGGAUGUGCCGGUACCUGUGAUCCGCGAUUAUGCCACCCGGGGUGAGAAGUACGAUGACGAAGAUGGCCACUAUAUUGUCACCCCGACUACAGACCUGACCGACCGAUAUCAGAUCAUGAAGCUCCUCGGACAGGGGACAUUCGGAAAAGUCGUCGAGGCGGUUGAUAAGCAGCGCAAGACCCGGUGCGCAAUCAAGAUUAUCCGCUCCAUCCAGAAGUACCGAGAUGCCUCGCGGAUCGAACUGCGAGUUCUGUCCACACUGGCCUCGAACGACAAGCAGAACCGCAACAAAUGCAUCCAUUUACGUGACUGUUUCGACUACCGGAAUCACAUUUGCAUCGUAACGGAUCUGCUGGGGCAGAGUGUGUUCGACUUUCUCAAGGGGAACGGCUUCGUGCCUUUCCCCAGCAGCCAGAUUCAAAACUUUGCCCGACAACUCUUCACCAGUGUAGCCUUUCUUCACGACCUCAACCUCAUCCACACCGACCUCAAACCCGAGAACAUUCUCCUUGUCAGCAACGCCUAUCAGACCUUCACUUACAACCGUACCAUCCCGUCCUCCUCACAUGCCAUCUCCCGGAGCGCCCGGCAACGGCGGGUCUUGCUGGACAGUGAGAUCCGUCUGAUCGACUUUGGAUCUGCCACAUUCGACGAUGAGUAUCACUCGUCCGUCGUGUCUACACGGCACUAUCGGGCGCCCGAGAUUAUCCUGAACCUCGGGUGGAGUUUCCCGUGCGACAUCUGGAGUAUCGGCUGCAUCCUUGUGGAGUUCUUCACGGGUGAUGCCCUGUUCCAGACCCAUGAUAAUCUGGAGCACCUUGCUAUGAUGGAGGCUGUCAUCGGAGAUCGCAUCGACCUCCGGCUGGUCAGACAGGUCAUGCAGGGGGGGCGCAGCGGGAGCCAGAACCAGUCCGCCAAAUAUUUCCUUAGGAAUCGACUCGAGUAUCCUAACGAUCAGACCACUCGGGCCUCACGCAAGUACGUGAGGGCCAUGAAACCACUUCCGGACUUUAUCCCCACCAACACCAAGUUUCACAAACUGUUCCUCGAUCUUCUGCAGCGGAUCUUCGUGUAUGACCCCAAGAACCGCAUCACCGCCAAGGAGGCUUUGAAACACCCAUGGUUCAAGGAGUCACUGGUGGAUGACGGCACCGAAGCCCUGCGGAUUGGGGAGCAGCUGCAACGUACGACCCAACAACGCCGCUGAUUCUGGCCUCGGCAGGGCACUUAAUGCGAGCCUCGAUACCAAGGGGCGUGCCUU